AUGUCUCAAAAGAGCGACAAAUCAAACAUCGGUUACGAGAAACUGAAGUCAAUUCAAAUCGAUAUGAAUGACAGCCACUCCGGGGUGUCUUCGGCCACUUCUGGCACCAAAGUGUCGGCAUUGGAUCAGCUGAGGAAUGGGACGAAAGAGACCCUGAAGUACGCCUCACUCGUGACACUGACCGUCCAGAACGCGGCGCUCAGCCUCACGAUGAGGGCCUCCAGAACUCAGAACCAUCUCUUCAUAUCGUCCACAGCUGUCAUCAUCUCUGAGGUCAUCAAACUGUUGACAUGUCUUGUAAUGGUUCUCAUUGACGAAGGAAGUGUCCGAAAGUUAGUGCAAUCCCUUCGCCGGCAUAUAAUCAAUGAGCCGAAAGACACCCUCAAAGUGGCGGUGCCUUCGAUCGUGUAUUACAUCCAGAAUAACCUGAUAUUCUUGGGGGCCACGCACUUGGAUGCGGCCACUUCUCAGGUCACUUAUCAGCUCAAGAUCCUCACGACAGCUCUUUUCUCGGUGUUUGUGCUUAAGAAGCGCUUAUAUAACCACCAGUGGCUGGCAUUAGUCAUACUAUUCAUUGGCGUGGCUUUAGUCCAAUUGGUCGAAAUCACGAAGAAGUCCAACACCUCAUCACAAGAACAGAACCCUUUGCUGGGGUUCACAGCAAUACUGAUGGCGUGUGUAUUGUCUGGUUUUGCCGGCGUUUACUUCGAGAAGAUAUUAAAAAGCAGUUCCGAAGUCUCGCUUUGGAUUCGAAACAUACAGUUGAGUGCAAUCGCCAUUCCCUUUGGUCUGAUCCAAGUGUUCGUCACUGACUCGCAACUGGUCUCCGAGAAGGGCUUCUUCUAUGGCUAUACUUUACUCACUUGGAUUGUGGUCUUACUUCAGGCACAGGGAGGGCUUCUGGUGGCAGUUGUGGUGAAAUAUGCCGAUAAUAUACUGAAAGGUUUUGCCACAUCCCUGUCCAUCAUUCUCUCGUGCAUAGUAUCGGUGUACGUCUUCCAGUUCGAGGUGACCCUCCAGUUCGUGUUGGGCGCCUCCCUUGUCAUCGGAUCCAUAUUCCUCUACAGCAAACAACCCGGUAGUACUGACUCAUCAGUAUUCAAGUUGUCCAAGAGUUUAGACAAAUCCUAACUGUAUUUGUCGCACAAUUAGCUAAUCAUUCAAACUAUUUAUUUAAAUUAAUAUAUUUUCAUUAGAAAAUGACUUAAAAUGAAAUUAAUUUUUGGUUACUUUUUAUGAUCAAAUUCUUAUUGUAUUAUAAAAAACAC